ACCAGCAUAGCAACUGGAAGUUCCAAAUACCAGUGAACUCCUUGCCGGCAAGGAAGAGCAAGUGACCAGUACCCACCAAAUAAAUACUCUUAUCUGCUCCUCAAAAUGACAGAUCUGGUGGUUCUCCACUGUCCCAGCUGUGAAAUGGGAUUUCAUUCCAGGAGACUGCUAGACAAACACAUGGAAAAAUUCUGCAUUGGAGGAGAAACUACAACCACAUACCGGAACGGGCAUGCAUCACAUAAGGGAAAAGAGCCUAAGAAAACUGAGACACCAAACAAAACGGUAAAGGAAUUACAUGCCUGGAAAUCAAAGAGGCAUCCCUUCAGACACUUGGAAGAUGAGGAACUCAAGCAACAGGAACACCACUGCAGAAGUUUUGACCAUACAGGAAAUGUUCCAGAGAGUCCAGCUUUGAAAAAAUUGACUGAAGAGUUCCACAAGCUGCGAAUGUCACUGGAAGACACACUCCCUUCAUUCAGGACCUCCCAGAAAGAGGAUGGCAACAGCCACCAAAUUCUCCACCAGAAGGAAUACUGGCAGCGUCAGCAGCAAAUGAAGGAAGCCCAUGAACACCAGUUGGCUGAUAUCCAGACCAGGAACCAACACCUGCAGCAGCAGAAAGAUGAGAUCCAUAAGCGCCUGUCAGAGCUGAAAUUAGAGAAUCCGGCUACAAGUCACAUAGAACAGCUGCUAAUGGAACUGAAUAUACAAGAGGGAAAGAAUAAGCUAGCUUUGGAUGCCCUGCAGGAACAGGUGGGACUUCUGCAGAUAGCAGCAGAGAGUAGAAGCAAUCCGGAACCUCCCACCAAGAUAAAGACAGAGGCUACUGAGGAGAAGGUGCAGAAAAAGGUCGCCUUCAAGUUUAUGCCAUUUCCAGCAGCUGUUGGACCCCUCUCUUCGGAAAUACAGACUUUGUACCUGGCUUAUCUACAGGGUGGAGGCAGUGACCACAACAUCCUCCAUCAGAUGUAUGAGCUGCAAACAGAGGCCAUAGCACUGGAGAAAGGUGGAGCAAGGCCUAAGCACAGGGGCACAAAGAAGACACAUGAAGGAAGUCCCAGCACAUACCCACGGGGUUUGGAUGCUGAACUCCUAUCUAUUGAGCUGGAGAAUCAGCGACUGGAGGAUGAAAUAUUUAAGUUGAAGAUGCUAAAGGAAAGAAGGAAAAUGGAAGGUGGGCCUUCAGACACAGAGCUGACCAAGCUGCAACAGACACAUAUGGCGGAGGUGGCUCAUCUGCAUGCUGAGAUCGGCAGGCUUAGAAAUAACACUGAGGCGUUGAAGCCGCACUGGCCCAGAAAGGGGCCACCACCCAUCCUGCCUCCUCCUGUAGCCCCCCCUCUGCCACCUCCUCCACCCCAUCAUCCUCAUGGGCUAGCUGACCCUGCCUUUCUUGUUAGCAACAUGGACUCAGUGGGAUCAUCUGCCCCAGCUGCAAACCAGUACUUUCUGGAUCCCUCAGAGACCCUGGGACCAGCUCCAUAUGAUCCAGCGUCUGGCUUUGUGAUAUUCUAUGAUUUUCUUUUGGGCCUGGAUCCCAAAUUUCACCAUGUUUGCCUGGUCUCUAGUCUCUACCGUAAUGGGCAAGAGCUGGGCAAGCGCACCCCACUGCCAGUUGUCUCCUCUGAUAUGGGGCAGUUCUCGCAGAGUAUGAUGGAUGGACAAAAGGGGUGUUGUGCCAUCUUAGCGACCAGGCAACCAGUCCCAAGAGUUCUGCCUUCAGCUUCCAUCACUCUGGUGACUGAACUUCAAGCUUCUGGGGGAUUUGAUGCUUAUGGACUGGAGAUCCAGAAUCUAGUUCCUAGGGGAUGGGCCAAAAUCAACAUUUUUGACCAUCUGCACCAAGUGAUGAGCGGACACUGGAAGAUCCCUAUUCGUGUGCUGCCCGUGAAACCCAACUUUACAGCAGAGCAGUUGAAUGGGGUACCGCAGGCUGGAAAAGCAGAGCUUUACUUGCGACUGGUGAAUGCACGAGAUGCUGACAUGCAGUCAAUGGCUGAGAUCUAUCCUGGCAGUGCCCUCUUGUACAAAUACCCCCCCACAGUGUCCAGGCACACAGCAUCUCCUGCAGACUUCCCGCCAGCCCAGCGCUCUUUCCACCCUGCCCCCACCAACCUGUCCUUUUCUGUCUCUCCUUACACUGGCUUUGUUGACCCCCCUCCUAAUCAGGAACAGCCUCUCCAACACAAAUCUCAUGAAAGGUGA